AUGUCAAAGAGCAGUGCUGAGAUUGUUCUGACCGCAGACCCUCCGUGGUCAGAGAUGUUCCCAGGAGACACGGUUACUCUCACCUGUCAUAUCAAUGGAUCUGGAGAGUCACUGGAGGGCUGGAAUUUUACCUGGAGCAGAAGUAAACAGAAGAAUUCAACUUCUGAGACUGAACACUUCACCACUGGAUCUGUUCAUGUACUCAGUCCAGUGAGAGAAACAGACCAAGGACAAUAUCAGUGUAUUGGACAAAAAGAAAGUGAACAUUUUUACAGUAACCGUCAUGAACUCAUUGUUUCUGGUGACCGUCCUCAGGCUGUACUGACCCAAGACCCCCCGUUCCCAGUGCUAUUUACUGGUGAAAAUGUAACCUUAAAAUGUGAAGUCAGGAAAGGGUCAGAGUGGAGGUACUCCUGGGGCAAGAAAAACCAACAAAACCUUCUGGAAAAACUUACAUCCAAAUAUGAUGAUGGCCACCAGACAUAUAGACUCCAGUCCGUGACAGUGAGAGACAGUGGGCAGUAUUUAUGUCAUGCAGAAUACAUAAAUAACCCAGUAAUACAGCCGUACAGUGGAUCUCUAUCUCUCGAGGUGUUGGAGAAGAAGCCAAAAGCAAAUCUAAAAGAGUCUGCUGGAGAGAUCUACACAGGAGAGAGAAUCACACUGUCCUGUACAGUAGAUGGAGAUUCAACUGGCUGGAAGUAUCUGUGGUACAAAGACACACAGGGAGCAGUUCUCUCCAACACUGACAGUGACAGGACUGAUGGGUCCAGUUACACCAUCAGCUCUGCUGCUCCGUCCCACAGUGGACAGUACUGGUGUCGAGCUCACAGAGGGGGGUUUUACUCUCACUACAGUGAUUCUCAUGAAGUAAAUAUUCAAGGUGUCCCAAAACCCGUCCUGAGUCUACAGUCUGGAUGGACAAACAUGUUCCUCACUGAAACAGUCACUCUGAGUUGUGAUGUUCAGGGGAUCUCUAGUCACUGGGUGUAUAAAUGGUACAGAGAUGGACAGGAGAUUCCCAUCAGUGGAGAUGGAGACACUUACACAAUCCCGUCUGCUGCUCGGUCACACUCUGGACAGUAUCAGUGUAGAGGAGAACUUCCAGAGAGAGCAGUGACCUCCCCACACAGUCACUCUCUUCUACUCACUGUAUAUGGAACUGAACCAGAAAUACAAAUUACAAUGGAAUCCUGCUGUGGAAAUAUUUCCACUGGAGAUACUCUCACCUUGAGGUGCGCAGUAAAGGGAAGUUCUACUGGCUGGAAGUAUCUGUGGUACAAAGACACACAGGGAGCAGUUCUGUCCAACACUGACAGUGACAGGACUGAUGGGUCCAGUUACACCAUCAGCUCUGCUGCUCCGUCCCACAGUGGACAGUACUGGUGUCGAGCUAACAGAGGGAAGUUUUACUCUCACUACAGUGAUUCUCAUAAAGUCAAUAUUCAAGGUGACCCUUUGCUGGAGAACUUGUGA